AUGGUAGCUUUACAUGUCAAUGUCGAAACGGAUACACUGGAAAUGGAACAACAUGUAAUGGUCUAUUGUGAUAUGGAGAGUGAUGGUGGUGGAUGGACUGUGUUUCAACGAAGAAUGGAUGGUUCUGUUGACUUCUAUCAAAACUGGACUGAUUACAAGGAAGGUUUUGAUAUUAAUGAAUGUAGCAAUACAAAAGACAAUAACUGUGAUGAAAAUGCUAUGUGUACAAACACAAAUGGUAGCUUUACAUGUCAAUGUCAAAAUGGAUACACAGGAAAUGGAACCACAUGUAAUGAUAUUAAUGAAUGUAGUAAUACAGAAGAAAAUAAUUGUCAUGAAAAUGCUAUGUGUACAAACACAAAUGGUAGCUUUACAUGUCAAUGUCAAAAUGGAUACACAGGAAAUGGAACCACGUGUAAUGAUAUUAAUGAGUGUAGUAAUACAGAAGAAAAUAAUUGUCAUGAAAAUGCUAUGUGUACAAACACAAAUGGUAGCUUUACAUGUCAAUGUCAAAAUGGAUACACUGGAAAUGGAACAACAUGUAAUGAUAUCAAUGAAUGUAGUAAUACAGAAGACAAUAACUGUGAUGAAAAUGCUAUCUGUACAAACACAAAUGGUAGCUUUACAUGUCAAUGUCAAAAUGGAUACACUGGAAAUGGAACAACAUGUAAUGAUAUCAAUGAAUGUAGUAAUACAGAAGACAAUAACUGUGAUGAAAAUGCUAUCUGUACAAACACAAAUGGUAGCUUUACAUGUCAAUGUCAAAAUGGAUACACUGGAAAUGGAACAACAUGUAAUGAUAUCAAUGAAUGUAGUAAUACAGAAGACAAUAACUGUGAUGAAAAUGCUAUGUGUACAAACACAUAUGGUAGUUUUACAUGUCAGUGUCAAAAUGGAUACACAGGAAAUGGAACAACAUGUAAUGAUAUUAAUGAAUGUAGCAAUUCAGAAGACAAUAACUGUGAUGAAAAUGCUAUGUGUACAAACACAAAUGGUAGCUUUACAUGUCAAUGUCAAAAUGGAUACACUGGAAAUGGAACCACAUGUAAUG